AUGAAUGCCCAGCUAACGAAGAAUACCUCCUGUGUGGUUCUGCCUGCCCCUUCAACUGUACGAACCCUGUGGGUCCUGUAAACUGCACCGAAGACUGCACCGAGGGCUGCUUCUGCAAGUCAGGGUAUUUAAGGAAUGAGAACGGGACUUGUGUCACAGCUGAUCAGUGCAUUGGAGAUACAAAUCCAGUUUGCGGAGUGAAUGAGGAGUUUCUCUCUUGUGGCACAGCAUGUGCCCCCACCUGUGCACAACCCGUGCCAGAAGAAUGUGGUCUCGCCUGCAGUAUGGGUUGCUUCUGUAAAUCAGGCUUUGUUAGAGACUCGGCUAGUAAGCAGUGCGUUACUUUGGACAAAUGCCCUAUUGAACAAUGUCUAAAUCAGAACGAAGUAUACGACAUCUGUAAUGCAGCAUGCGAGCCAACUUGCGUAGAUCCUCAGCCAAUUUGCACUAAAAUAUGCUCCGGGGGGUGUGUUUGUGCACCGGGACUAUUACGUGACGACAAAGGAGUCUGUGUCAGUGUCGGGAAAUGUCCUAAGAGUAAUUCUACUGAUCCCGGGUUAUUGGGAAAGUAUUUAAAUGUUAUUAACAGGAUUUUGCACUUGUCGUCUACUAAUAAUGAAUAAUGUUGAAUAAAUAAGUUAUGGAAAACCAUUUAAAAUUUACAAUAUUUUACCGAAAGGUCUGAGACAAACCUUAUCCUAUUUAAGAAACAAUUUAUUGACUAAUAAAAAGUAUUAAACAUGUAUCCGAAUUUUUAAAUGAUA